AUGGGGGACCUCAGGUCUAUGCUGCGAGCCAAAAUCACACGGCGGCAGUCAGGCAACACCCUCCCGACCGCGAAACCGUCUAGCGACAGCAACAACCCGAACACCAGCAGUUCCCGACCUGGGACUGCGGUGGACAGCAGUACCGGCGUCAAGGAUGCUGCCACCGCCACCGCCACAGACUCUCCUCCACAUGCGGACGGCAGCCACACCCGACAGGGCAGGAGGCUGUCCGGUGCGCAGUGGGCGGAAAAGCUGAGACAGGGCGCGAAACACUUUUCGGCAGGAAUGGUCGCCGACAGUAGCGAUGCAAACAGCGGAAACAAUGGCCCCGUGGAUCAGUCCCAGAGUGCCGCGACCGACCAAAACAAAAGCGGUGGCAGAAAUGCCACUAACGUUGAUGUUCUUAGCAGCUUCCCGCCACCUCCGUCGCCUGGCCCCGGUCAUAGCGAUGGGCAGGGCCCGGCCAGCCCGGGCAAUGAUCGCCCUCACCACAACACCAAAACCUGUCCUGACGAUUCCAGCCAGCAACAACCGGCACCGCCGCCGACCGCGCCCUCGACAGAUGAAGUUGUUGCCAAACAGGGAGUCUCCACCGAUACUGACCGACGAGUCCGUCUGAGCGACCCGCCCGUGCCUAGCAGUCGUCCGUCCACCCGCCAAGGAGACACUGUGGACCCGACGUCAAAUCCUCACUUGCGACCGUCCAACCCGCCCUCGCGUCCGUCCGCACCGCCGCGACGGCAGAGCCUUCUGCCGAGUCGACAGACCACGCUCAUCCGGACGCUGCUGAGUGCCGAGCAGGCCGAUGACCCGGACCGGAGCGGCUCGGAGCAACUGCUGCCCAUUAGCGCCAACAUGGUGACGCGCAAGCUCUGGGUGAAACGUCCCGGCGCUUCGGCGACACUCGUGACCAUCAGCGAAGAGGACCUGGUCGACGAUGUGCGCGAGGUGAUUCUGCGCAAAUACGCCAAUUCCCUCGGCCGCCAAUACGAUGCCCCAGACUUGACGCUGCGCAUAGUGCCGCGCGAAGGGCAGAGACAGGAGCGGGUGCUGGGUCCUGAGGAGCCAAUGACGCGCACCUUGGAUGCGUAUUUUCCUGGCGGGCAGACAGUGGACGAGGCGCUGCUCAUCGACGUUCCACACCGCCGCACACCGCGAGCCUCUCCGCGGAACGGGCCGCCGCAUGCGCAGCACCUUACCUCGGUCAAUUACGAUGAUAUUCGGCCCCUCGAGGUGAGCACCGACUACUUCGGACCCGGCGCUAUCGCCCACAUCCCCGUCACCAUCGCCGGCUCGAACGGUACGACGCACGCGAUUUCCGUCUUGAACACCGGGCAAGUGCCCCAGAUUCCUUCUCCGGGUGGGGCCUCGAGAGCACGCCAGUACCGGGAAAGGUCCGACCGGCCGCGGCUAGGGAGACAGCACACCUCGUCCCCCACAAUACUCAACGUUGUCGGCGCGGGGGGCCACCCAGCCACCAUUGCUGUAGCCGCAAGCCAUGGUACGCACCACGCGCCCUCGAAUCGUUCACGGACUCAUUCCAAUGCAUCAUCAGAACAGACCAACGCGGGACAGCCCGUUCCGCCCGCUCCGCCACUGCCGACACCACCGACCCAGGAAUCGGCGCCCGUCCCGAUCCCGCGAGCUGCAACCCCGCCGCCCAGGGCAGCCUCGCCCCGUCCGCCUCCAACGACACGGCCGAAGAAAAAAAAGACGGUCGACCCUCCCGCGCUCCCGGCUGGCAUGCUCAACGGCGGCGUGCCCCCCAUCAACGUCCUGAUUGUUGAAGACAACAUCAUCAAUCUCCGUCUGUUAGAAGCAUUCGUCAAGCGGCUCAAGGUGCGCUGGCAGACGGCCAUGAACGGCCGUGAAGCUGUCAACACGUGGCGAAAGGGCGGCUUCCACCUGGUACUGAUGGAUAUCCAACUACCCGUCAUGAGUGGUCUCGAGGCGACACGCGAGAUCCGCCGGCUCGAGCGCCUCAACUCGAUCGGGGCAUUCUCAACUACUGUUACCAAUGCGGCCGAGUCAGAGGAGUCCAAGGUUGACAUACCGGAGGAGGAUAAGCUGCAGAACAGGGAGAUGUUCAAGAGUCCCGUCAUUAUCGUUGCCCUUACCGCGAGUUCCUUGCAGAGUGACCGCCACGAAGCGCUGACGGCGGGGUGUAAUGACUUCUUGACCAAGCCUGUUACCUACGUCUGGCUUGAACGAAAAGUCAUGGAAUGGGGCUGCAUGCAGGCCCUGAUCGACUUUGACGGCUGGCGCAAGUGGAAGGCCUAUACCUCCCAAAAGCCGGAAGGCGAAGACAACGCGCCGAAGAAAAGCAAGGCCAAGAAGCACAGGGGCAUCAUAACCACCGCCCCAAAUAGUUCUUCCUCGGACGGCCAGUGA